AUGUGGUCGACGAUGGUCCUGCGCUUCACCGAGUUCCUCCCGGGUGGAGCGCUCGCGACAGCAAGCGUGACGGUGCUCGUGUCCGCCUUGUCCAGCUCCUCGUCCGUGCUAUGUGAGGAAACGCGCCAGCCGCACGUGGCGCUGAGCCCCAAAGAGUUCCGCUCCUUUACAGUGCGUAAGGUGGAGACUGUGAACCACAAUACGAAACGUGUGACGUUUGAGCUGCCAACGCCUGAGCACGAAAUGGGUCUCACGACGCCCAGUUGUCUCAUGGCACGUGCCCGUGUCGAUGGCAAGACAGUCGUGCGUCCUUACACGCCGACGAACGUGAACGAAGAGAAGGGGUUCUUAGAGCUCGUGGUCAAGGGGUAUCCGCAAGGGAAGAUGAGCAAGCACAUUGUCGAGCUGAAAGAGGGCGAUUCACUGGACAUGAAGGGGCCCUUUAUGAAGUUCACGUACAGUCCCAACAAGUACAAGAGCAUUGGAAUGAUUGCUGGCGGUACCGGCAUUACCCCCAUGCUGCAGCUCAUCAAGACCAUUUGCCGCAAUCCAGAAGAUCACACAAAAAUCACGUUGGUAUACUGUAGUGUGUCGGAAGAAGACAUCAUCUUGCGUGAGGAAGUGGAGGCUAUGAUGUACCUGUACCCGCAGGUCUCGGUCAUUCAUGUGCUGAGUAACCCGUCUGCUGCUUGGCAGGGGCUCACGGGCUUUGUAUCCAAGGAGAUGCUCGAGCAGUUUAUGCCGGGGCCAUCGGAUGACAACCUCGUGUGUGUCUGUGGUCCGCCGCCCAUGAUGUACCACGUGUCGGGUGACAAGGCGAAAGACAGAUCCCAAGGCGAGCUGCAGGGCUUGCUUAAGGAGCUGAAGUACACGUCGAAGCAGGUGUUUAAAUUCUAG